AUGGAGGACUGGGCGUACUUUGCACCUACGAGGCGGUGCCUUCGCGUCUUUACGGAUCGUUCCGUUGCCGCCGCUGACUUGGAGCAGCACUGUGGUCAGCUGCUCGACUACGCCGCGGCUGACACGAUUCACGCGGCGCCCGUGGCGUCUGUGGAGGAAAGUGCCUUCGCCGGUCAGUUGGUGGCCAAUGCGGGGCUGGAGCGUGCGCUGGUUGGGGUUUCGUAUAUAGAGCGAGGCGUGAGCGGGCUGUACCUUGACGGGGUGACGGCGUGGGAGCCGUCGCUGGCAGAACGCCUGUGGGCCGUGGGUCAGCCCACGCGCGAGAGCGGUUGCGUCGUCGUUGACGCCGCGGGGGCAUGGCACACCUUCCCCUGCGGCACACCGGCCAGGGCGUAUGCGUGCGCGUAUCGGGCGGGGGCAGUUCACCCGCCGGCGAGCACCCCCGCGCCGACGAACACAACAACAUGGCCGCUGGAAACACGCGUCGCGUCGCUUGCAGGGGCGGUGCACUUGGUGGUGGCGGCCGGCACUGUGGGGACCUACACCGUGGCCGGCGCGGGAGGGUCGACGGACGGGCUGCUGCUCAUGUUUGCCCCGGAUCUGUCGGAGGUCGUCGCGAGUGUGGGCUGGAGCGAGAUUGCGGUGGUGUCGCCGUGUGGCGGCGGCUACACAAAACAGGAGUACAUCUUUGCCGUGAUGCAGGGCGUGGUGACGGUCACCCACCCCGCCGAGGCAAUGCGGGGGCGCGUGUGUGUUUCCGACGAUGGAGUGCACUACCUGCCGGCAGGCAACCUCACAUUUGAGGUGGUGGAUGCGGCCCUGCGUGGAUUUAUCCCGCAGCCGCCGUCCCCUUCACCGGAGGAGGAAGCGGCGGGCGGAGGAGGAGGAGGGGGCGGGAGCAACCGCGGCGGCGGAAACGCGUCGAUGCUCAUCUCCCAAGCGGUGGGUGUCCGCCUCGGGUCCAGCGGGGCGCUGCGGCUCGCCGUUCACCACCGCCGCCCCGGCGCCGGCGCGGGGAUUUCGCGCCUUCGCUUCUCCUCCUCCCCCGACUGCACGGGCGGCCGCUACCUCCUCGCCGGCGAGAGCUGCGUCGUCGCCGCGCCGGAGCCCGGGCGGCCCCUGGUGACGUACCAGCGCGCCGACGUUGUGCCCGCCAGGGGCGUUCGCCUCGACCCAGCCGCGCCGGCAGCGGCGGCGGCGCCCACGGAGUUCUUCGUCUGCGUCGCGGCGUUCACGCGCGUCCCUCCGCCGCAGUUGUCGAACAGCAGCGCCACCGGGUGGAGCACGCGGCCGCCGCACGAGCGUCUCUUUCCCGCCGCUGCUGAGUCCGGCGUGGGCUACGGGAGGGGGCUGGCUGCAAACCCGUCCUCCUCGCUCUCCGCGGACGGCCAGCCGGUGCGGCUCUACACCCUCGCACCCCGCCUGCGGGUGUACGUCACUCCCCCGCACGUUGCUCUUCGCGGCAUGUGGGCGCUACCGCCCUCUGGCCUGGAAUCCGACGGCGUCUUUGACGCCGCGUCACUUGGGCCCGCCGCGACGACGCUUGCGGUGCCGCAGUUUUCAUCGCCGGUCAUCGUCCUUGACGGCGAGGGGCUGCGGGAGGGUAUGGCGCUGCUCCUCGCGCGAGAGCCGGCGUCGUGUGCGAGGCGGCAGCCAACGUCGGGGCGCACUCCGGCCGACGCCCCUGUGCCGGCCGCACUGGACACGAUGCUCGCCGUUAGCACUCUCCUGCCCUCACGGCGGGCUUUGCGGGCCGCCGGCGUCGCGGGGCAAACGCGCGUGGCAUUUGUUCAACUCAACCUCAACCACACCGGACUGUGGGGCAUGGCACCCGGCGAGGCAAACCUGACGUGGCACCUGUGUUUCGCCUAUACGCCCCUCUCGCGGUUUGUGCCGCUUGCGGGCUUGAAGAUCAUCGUGACGCGGGCCCGCAUCGUCGCCGCGGCGACGCACGAGGGCCACGGCCUAGACGUUGACGUUGACGGUGACGACGGCAGCAGCAGCAGCGCCACCGCCGCUUUCCCGCAGCUGAAUAUUGGCGUUGGAUUCAGCGGCCUGCUGCGAUUGUGGGGCCUUGCGGCGCACAUGUGGUCCCCCAGCACGCUUAACGCGGCGGAGGUUGCCUUUGCGCAGUCGCCGCCGGGCAACGCGGCCGCGGCGGAACCGGCGCUUCAGUGCAGCAACACGUCUCUCUUUUACCGUCAGCGCUCCUUGGGCAUCGUUACCCCCCGCGGCACCGCCGCCCCCGUCCCGCGUCCUCCGCCCACCACCGGCGACGCUGCGGCAGCGACGCGGGCGCAGCUGCAGCAAGAGCCGGCGUCCGUGGUCGUGAUUCCGCCCGGGUUUUUCAACGAGGAAACCACGCGUCGUAUGCGUCUCUGCCUGUCGGUUCCGAUGCCCUUUGAGAACAGCCGACGUGUGUUUUUCCCCACCGCCGCCACCGUCGACGUCCACCCCGUCGAGGUGCGCUUCAUCGGGCCCUACGCGGCACAUUUCCCCGCCGCGGCGGCAGUCGCCCGUCUGACGCGUGUGGAGGUGGCUGAAAACGUCCAAGACGUGGUGCUUCCGCUUUUUGGCUACGGCCUGCGUGAUGACAUGCUGCUCUUCCUCGCAGGGGGGAGGUGUCACCCGCCGGUGGACGAGGCGGGAGGCGCAUACUUCGGUCGCGUUAGCCGCAUGAACUUCACCAUCCUGCGCCCCUACGAUGUGCCGCCGAACUACCGACGGCCGAACGCCGCACGCAGUGCGGCAGCCACGAGCGACUUUUUUAUCGCGCUAAACAUCACACACACCGCAGCCCUUGUGGCGGAUCGCGUGUUUGGCGCGGCGCGGGAUCCGCUCCUUCUCUGCCUCUACGCGCCAGGCACGCGCCGCGCGGUGUACCCGCUCGGAUUUACGUUUGUCGUGCGUCGCCCGUACAUCACGUCGAUGCGGUCGAUUAAAGCACCGUCGCCCCCGCAGCGGGAGGCGGCGCCGGUGGCGGUGGUGUACGCCUCCCGCCUCGACCUCGUUGUGGAGGGCUUCGGCCUGCACGAGGGCGAGGCGGCGUUCGUCCCAGCGGUGGACUGCAGCAACGCGACGAGUUUUCUCUGGCGCAGCCCCGUCCGCGCCUCAGGGGUGCCGUCGAUGGCUGUCACGGGCGACGCCGCGGCUUCCGCCGCCCGCUACGUGAACCCUUUCACCUCCAUGUCGUCGUGGUUUCUCUCCCUCACGCAGGCGCAGACGGCACGCAUCGGGGCACGUGCGCCGGACGGCGACGUCGUUGACCGCUUCCAGUGGUGUGUGCGCUACCGGGACGCGGAUGCCGCGGCAGACGCCACGGAGUGGCGCAGCGGGUUUGUGCCAACCGGCAUUCCCUACCGGCUCACGAUUCCCCGCACCGACGGGUUUCGCUUUGGCGGGCGCACGCUGAAGCGCAUCACACGCAAGCGGCGGCACCCCACACUGGGGCGGUGGGAGAGCCUACAGCUCGCUGGACCGCUGAUCUCCCACACCCUCGCGCAGGGCAACCCACUUUUUCUGUUUCUCGCGGAGGAACCGGCGGCGUGCACGGCGCCCAACAACAACUCCCUCCUCGGCAGCAACAGCUCCGAGCGCCUCCUCGUCGCGGUCAACGGCUCUGUGAUUAUCCUGCCAAAACUGUUGACCCGCACGGGGACCUUCAAGCUCUGCGCCAGCGCCGUCUACCCGGAGCGGCGGCCUUCCGAGGAGGGAACCGAGGCGGCGCCCCAGUUCUUUGAGCUCACCGGCCUGCGCAUCGAGCUGGUGGAUCCCGUCUACGCCGUCUUUUCGCUGAACCGCACGGACCACGUGACUGUGGAGCAGGGUCAGCACUGGACGCUGCCAAUCAGCGGAUCGGGCCUCUCCAACAUGUCACUUGUGCGCUUCCGCCCCAUCGGCGCCAAUUGCAGCACGCCAAUGCCGCGCGAUUUGGACGAUGUGGCUGUGCUGAACGUGUUUGAGGGUUUAAAGUUCUUUGGGGAACUCGUGACGCCUGCCCAGACGGAGUCCGACGAAGACGACGACGACAGUGGCGGUCCGCACUACGUUGUGCUCGGACGCGACCUCAUCCGCGGCCUCGCGGUGCGGGAGCACCGGCUGUGCUUCAAGCCCGACCGCUCCACGCCUUGGAUGGGCUCCGAGGUCGUGCUGAACGUGCACCCCCACGUGCGACGGCCCACGCGCUACGCCUACUUUAGUGCCGACGGCAGCGACGACGUCGUCGCAGCGACGGCGCUGCCGCCAACGAAGCUUGCGCUGGCGUGGCUGACGCGCGAGAGGGACACGACGAACAUUGUGGGCGCCGUGGCCCGGGAGGUGGCGGUGGCGCUCUGGUGCCGCGACGGCGCGGCACCGGAGGCGGCCGCCGUGGUGCCGUGUGGCAGCUGGAGGCGUGUCAUGUUUGUUCGGCCGCUCGACGACGGCGUCCGCGACCGCGACCCGUGCUUCGUGGACUUUGAGGCCAACCAGUCGGCGACGGUGCUCGGUCCCUACGUGCUUGACGACGGUGUUCUCACCAUCCCACGCGCGGUGAGCCGCAACGCAAGUUUCUACCCCAACUCCACGCAGCCGUGGAUUAUGUGCCUGGAGACCGCGGCGGAGCGGUGGCGGGAGCCCGUCCACCCGCUCCUGCAGCUGCAGUACACGACGGCGACCCCGGUGGGGUUCCGCCGCAGCCCUGAUGACGCCAGCAACACGACGGCGACGUUUCUCGGCGCGCUACGGCGUGACGCGGGUCCGCCGCAGGACCGCACCGGACAGGAGGGCAACCGGACACUGACUCUCCACAUGGGGGAGGAAAGCAAAGUAUUUUACCUGAAUGGCUAUGGCAUUCAGCGCGGUUUCAUGCUGCGCUUUGGGGCGCGCUGCGACGACGGCGACGACGACGGCGCGGCGGCGGCGGCAGCGGCGCAGGGGCUGAACAAUACUCUGCUGUACGAGGCGCCCCUCACGCUCGAGGACGACCACGGCGUGUUUCUGCUUCCCGCCACGCACUUUGCCCGUCCGGAGGCGCCGACGCCGAUGUGCCUCUCCACCAACGGAGGCGCGUCGUACGCGCGGACGAACCUUUCCUUGACCGUCCUCCCGCCGCGCUUGCGGCGCGAGCCGCCCGCGGCUGAGUCCGACAUCGCCGAGCUUGCCUUCCGCCGCACGCUCGUUGUGCCACGGCUGAGCAAAGGCGCGGUGAGCCUCGCCAAUUUGACCGCCGACGACGAGGACGACAAGACGACUAGCGGCGUGAGCCAGCGAGCGGGGCGAGGCCGUGCCUUUGCGGUGGGGACGCGGGUGUUGUUUUCCUCGGCGUGUCACGAGAGCCGUGAGGGGCUGCCUGUCACCCUGGUGACGGCGCCCGGCGUCCUCACCCUGACGGAGGCGCACACGCGGGUUGCCACCAAAGGGCGGCUGCACAUGUGCGUGGACACCGCCAGCGACGAAGGUGGCGACCGCGGCGGCGCAGGCAGUGGUGCGGCGGCAGAAGACGCGGGGGAAAAUGCGGGCGCCACGCCGCUCCACGCGUUCCGCCCUUCGGGUCUCUUCCUCUACGUGCUGAAUGUCGCGGUGACCUCCGUCUCGCUGCAUCAGCCCGUACCGAACGUGGUGGCGGAGCAGAACGGCAUCCGCCACCUCGUGGUUCGCCGCGGCGCUGCGCCAGUGAUGCUCCUCGCCACCGUCGAGACAGCCGCGCGCGACGCCGCGGCGGCGGUGGGCGACGCCUGCAGCGCGGAGGAGCGGUACAUGCGCAUGCUCAACGCCCCUGGGGCCCUGGCGCUCUUUCGUCUGGCGAAGUUCCAGCUGGGCAGACCGUGCGGCGCCCCAGACCCGCAGCAGCCGGCGGCGUCCACCGCCGCCGCCCUCUCCGCACUGACCGCCACAUUUGACAACAACAGCGUGCUGCACGUCGCGACGGGCGAGGGCGCCGAUGCGGUGGGCUUCGCGGUGCCGUUGCACCUCGCAGGCAACGAAACCGUGGAGCCAUCCGCGCCCGCCUCGCUCUGCUUCUCCGUCGACGGCGGCAGGCACUACGUGUCGGUUGGAAUUUCCUACAUCGCCGUCUCCUGGGCCCCCACACUCCGGGUGCGGCUCUCCACGCGGGUGGAGGAGCCAGAAGGGGAGGCAGGGGGCAACCAGUCUGUCCUCUCCAGCGUCACGCACGUGUUUGAGCAGACGAGUCACGUUGGAAGGCUGGUCGACACACGCUACAGCACCGACCUUUCCCCCGCCCACGACGACCCCCUGCUGCGCCGCUACUUGAACGGCUUCACCACUGACGCGCUCUGGUGCGGCUUCUUGCAGAAUGCCGGUUUUGCGAGCGGUGGGGAGUUGUACCUUCCGGCGCUAACCAUAGGCGGCGAGCAGCGUGAGAGGAGCGCCUUGCUCUUCGCCGUGAAUGCCCUGCAGCGAGACAUACCCACAGGGCUCACGCUGCAGCUGGAGCCCAUGGCGCUUCACUGCAUCGGCGAGGUCGCGGCGGCCGCGCAGCAGGUGCAUCGGCAGUCCACGGGGUGGUUGUUGCCCAUCGCAGGUGCGUGCGGGCGCAGCGUUCAGUCCGGCGUGACGGUUCGUCUGGUUGACAGCAGUGUGAGUUCCUGCGGGUCGCCGGCGGUUGCCGCCGCCUACGUGAUGGACGUCUUCGUCAUGAAACCGCCUGAGUGGGCUGGCGUCGGUGCCACGCCAACCUCGACGGCACUGCAGCUUCCAACGUUGACACGCUACGUGCCGGAUGGCAGAUACAAGUUGUGUGUCAAGAAGUACUUGCCCUACCGCCUGGGAAGAGCCGCGGUCUUCCUCGACACGGCCGUGGAGCUGGAGGUGACCUCCGCGCUCGGCGUGAACGCGCUUGCGGGGCUGCAUCGCGGGCUGCUGGCGGUGUUUCACGGCAGUGAGGCGGAGCUGCGCGUGCAGGGCUCUGUUGUGCCGUUUGCCGAGGAUGUGUGCCUUGCGUUUGUGCCUGUAGACGUGGGCAAGCACCACAACGACGCCGACGCCGUGUGCGGGGAGCUGCAAGCGAGCUUCGACAGCCGCGGCGGCCGUGGCACACUUCCCACGUUGUGGAAGCGGGUGACGGCGGCGGCUGGAGGCGGGUUCGUGCUUCGGUUGCGGCCGCGGGAGCUCGUCUCGGUCGCCCCCCGUCGCCCUGUACCGCGUCUGCUACAGCGUCGACGGAGGCGUUCGUUUCCACCCCGCCGGGGAGGCGCCGUCUUUCCUGCAGCUGACGGUCCUCCCGCCCACCAUCCUUGCACUUUCGGCGCAGCACGCGGGACAGCCGUACAACCGCAGCAGUGUGACGGCCACCGCCCUGCGCCUGCAGCGCUUCACCGAGCACGACGCUUCGCCGCCCUCCGAGCCUGA